UUCUUCCACCUCCCGUUCUGCGCAGAUGAGGAAGACACCCUCAUUCUGGGAGCCGUGUACUCCCUAGCGCAGUGCGUCGAGCCACUUCCCGAGGAGGAGGUGCGGAUACACUGCCCGCACUGUGCGUACAACUGCACGAACCGUGCCUACCUGAGACGUCACAUUCGAGUGCACACGGGGGAGGAGCCCUACCACUGCACGUUCUGCUCGCGGAGGUUCAAGGACCGCAGCAACCUCAACCGACACCGGCGCUGCCACACCGGCGAGCGUCCCUAUGAGUGCAAACACUGCGGCCUGCGUUUCAACCAGACCAGCUCGCUCAAGACGCACGUGCUCGGACAGCACAAGCAGUGAUGACGCGCGUUGGUGGCGGUUUCGGGUGUCACGCAUGACAUUCAUGACACCACUGUGACGGUGCUUUUGCUGCGACUUUCUUAGCAUGUCAGUGCUCAACCUGUUCUGGUGUAUUUAGUAGGGGUGUGCGA